AUGGCAAACAACAUACCUCCGCCCGCCCGUAGCAUGUCGCAAAUCCCUAGGCCAACCUCUCGCAAGAACUUUCAGCGAGAAGCCUCCCGUACGCAUUCACCCACCGCUUUUGUCGAGCCUUUUCGCGGCACUGCCAUCGCCUUGGUCGCCCAAAGCCCAGCCACCGAGGCCGACAUCCAACACUUCAUCCUUGGUCACUGUGAAGCCAUCGAUAAAUUUGGACAAGAGCUGAUCAACCCCACGGGCACGAAGUUCGCGUGGCUGCUGACAAAGGAGGAUCUUUGGCCAGGCCAGUAUUAUACGAAUGAGUUGCUUCAGACCAAGGGUUUGGUUCAAGAGGUUGGCGAGACAGUGCUCGACGAUGUGAAUAAGGAAGACUUGGAGAUACUUUUUCGUGAUGAUGAAGCAGACAGUGACAGUGUCUCUGAGGCUGCUCGCAAGAUGCGACUUAUGCGCAGCCACAAGGGCACGUCUCUCGCUGCGCUAAUCGCUGGUGCUUCUGUGUCCGACUUUCUGGCUGCUCUCAUCGCUGCCGCCGAUCUAUCAGAAUCCAGCCAAGAAGACUCUGACACUGAGUCCGAUGCCAACGAAGAUUGCCCACCCUUGGUGAGGUACAAAUACAUCAAUACGCCCGAGCCCGCAUCCUGUAGUCCCUGCUACGAUCCGACCUUUCCUGGCCAUUCCCCUUGCGCUACGCACGAGCAGCUUGCAUAUGGUAAAUCAGCGAUUGCCGCGAUCAAGCUGCUUCGCCGACGCUUUGAGGCGGAACAUGAUGCCACUGGCGAUGGAGCGUGGUAUCGCGAGUGGAUCGUGGAGAAGGGCGAGAGCGGCAUUCCUGCUGGGGCAUUGAUGCAUGGUGGGAGUAUGCUGCGUUACGAGAUCAUGUGCGAGGACGAGGAGGAGUUGGAGAACGACGAGCACUACGAUGAGUCGAGCUUCUUGUAUGAGCUGGAUGAGGAUGAUUUACAGUCUGAAGAAGAGGUUUCUCUUGAACAGGAGACCAACGGCGAAUUUCACUACGGCAGUACCCACUGGUCGCAUAACUCUGUCAUUACACCCGCAACGCGAACCAUUCACAUCCGCAACGCAUCCAUGAACGACGUAUGGGGUGACUUGUCGUCUGUCCGUACAUCGAUCUUCUCCAAGCGCUCUAUGGCCACGACGAAGUCAUCUCGUACCAGCGUAACUGCGAUUCAUAUCGAUCACUCAAACUUGAUCGAAGCUCUUGACCUCAGCGUUAAGCAGCACAAGUCUCGAGACGGCUUUGUCAGCCUCAAUGAAGUUUUGGCUGCGGAACUCAGUCGACCACGCUCAGCUGGCGACAAUAAUCUCUCGGCGCAUAAGCGUUGCGGGUCUGCAUCACUAACGUGUCAGGUGUCUGUUAUCUCCUUGCGCUCACGGGUACGCGACGACGACGGUUCACUAUGCGCGCUGGGCACGUGGAUGGCCACUGAUGAACCAGAGCACGUUGCCUCGAACAUCAACCAUCCAUUGAAAUCUACCACCUCAGCUGUGAAUGUCAUCUCGCCAACCAACGUCGAAGAUGCAAGCUCAACAACCGCUUCCGCAGGUCGUCCAGCCCACUUUGUCGAGCACCUCGACGACGCUGAUUCCGAGGCCGAAUAUAAUCCUACACCAUUAGGUGAUCUUUCUGAUAAAAAGCCAUCGAGACGUGCAAAAUGGCUAGGGAAGAUGAAGAUCGAGGCAGAGAAGAUGUCGGGUCAGGUGCAGGCUGCGGUCAAGUCGACGAAGAUGUUCACUCGCACGCUUGUUGGGUUCGUUCCUGCGGCAUUGGGUUCUCGGAGUCCAUUUGUCAGUGUCUUCAGCUUCAGCAUGUGGACGCAAUCUCUUGACAUCUUUUAA